CUGGCAUCAGAGAAUAUAAAUUCUUCACUAGAGGAGUAUCUUUCAUUGUCGAUUCCUCAGCCUCGGCACAGACAGUAACAUGGGGCGUCUCUUCACUGUGACGUUUGUGACGCUGCUGACACUGGCAUGGACGUCACCUCCACCAGUGAAGUCACCGGUGAAGAAAACCCUGCCGCGGCUCACACCUCAAGGGGCACCAUCACCAAGAAGUAUCAUCUUGGACCGUCUACACGCACCAGCCUUGGGGCCUGAGGAUCCUUUACCACCCCAGGAUGAAGCUGAAGCAAAUGUGAUGUGCCUGGAGUGUGCGAUAGCGUUUGACUUCCUGACGGCGGAGAUGAAGGAGGGAGUAGGUUACGACACGUUGGUAAAGGAAGCCAUCGCCGUCUGCGUCACCGUCACCGGCAUGACCAAAGUCUACUGUGAUGGAUUCAUUCCACUCGUCGCUCCUGCCGUGUACCAUAUACUCAGCACCAACAACAUCUCCGCUAGUGACGCCUGCGGGGAGGUCAUGAGUAGCAUCGGGUGUACGUCCACUAACCCUGAUAGAGAAUGGUCUGUCACCCUUCAAGGCACUAAACCACCCAUUCAACCUAUUGUUCUUCCUAAGGACGAGGAGCGGAGGUUGAAGGUCCUACAACUAGCUGACCCUCAUAUGGAUCCUCUACCAGCCGGGUUCCCUCGCUCACUGCUCUGAACCUGCUGCAGGAAUGACUCUGGUGUACCGGAUACAGAGGAGGAAAAGGCGUGGUACUGGGGAGAUUACCGGCACUGUGGUUCACCUCCCUGGAUGCUGGAGGACAUGUUGGCUCACAUCACCCUCACCCACCCGGACAUAGACUACGUGGUAUGGACGGGAGACGUGGUGCCUCACAAUAUGUGGUCGACCUCUAAGGAGUGGAACCUACGCAUGGUGAGAGAAACAUACGAGAUGGUCCGCAAGUACUUCCCUAACACUCCCAUCUUUCCCGUCGUCGGCAACCACGAGAUGAGCCCUAUUGACCAGUUCCCGAAUCCUAAUGCUGAAGACACGCCUCAGGAUCUAGCGGCUACAUGGCUCUACCAGGGGCUGAUUGAGCAGUGGUCCCAUCUAGUGCCACACCUCGACAACUCCACCGUGAUGAGAGGCGCCUAUUACUCAGUGUUGGUGAAGCCUGGGUUCAGAAUCAUCUCCUUCAACACGAUGUUCGGCUACGCCACCAACCUGUGGCUGGUGGAGAAUUCUCAGGAUCCAGGAGAUGAGCUGGCAUGGCUGGAGGAAGAACUGAACAAGGCAGAGGCAGCGGGUGAACUGGUGCACCUGCUGGGACACGUCCCCCCAGGGUUGAUAUCUACCGAGAGGACCUGGUCACGGGAGUACAACAAGAUCGUCGUCAGGUACGAAAAUAUCAUCCGUGGACAGUUCUACGGUCACACACACUACGACGAGGUAGAGAUCUUCCAUGAUGGUGACAGGCCAGUGAGUGUAGCGUAUAUCUGUCCGAGUCAAACACCUUGGUACUACCUUAAUCCUGCCUAUCGGAUCUAUCAUGUUGACGGCGACCGGGAGAAUACAACUAGGCUUGUGUUGGACCACGAGACGUACAUCAUGAACUUGACAGAGGCGCAGGAGACCGGGCUAGUGAGAUGGUACCAACUAUACAGUGCUAGGGAACAGUACGGUAUGACCUCACUCACACCGGCUGACUGGGAGGACUUGGCUCACCGUAUGGCCGAGGAUAGAGAACUCUUUGACAUGUACUUCAGGAACUAUGUGAGUGCCGGUGACCCGUUCCUGGAGGUGACCUGUGAUGACCUGUGUUACGAGAAGCUACUGUGUGGUAUCGUCACCUCUAAUAGGAAUGAUUUGGAUCAGUGCUUAGCCAUCCUCCAGCGGAAGAGACGGUUGUAGAUGGAUGGUUGUAGGUGGAUGGUUGUAGGUGGAUGGUUGUAGAUGGAUGGUUGUAGACGGAUGGUUGUAGACGGAUGGUUAUAGAUGGAUGGUUGUAGAUGGAUGGUUGUAGACGGAUGGUUAUAGAUGGAUGGUUGUAGUCUGGCUACUUUAAUUUGACCCUUGAAGCAUCGUGAUAAAAGGGCGAUUAUAGUUACCUACCAAAUUUAUCAUAUUCGCCUGUCAUGUCGAAGUGUCACGUAUGGUGUUACUUAGCUCCUCGGGCAGUAACGGAGCAGUCCCCCCUUAUCCACCACCAGCUCCUGCUCCGAGAACUUCCUAGCUGGAGUUGAGGGCUCUCUCUCUCUCUCUCUCUCUCUCUCUCUCUCUCUCUCUCUCUCUCUCUCUCUCAGGCCCUGGGAUGUCUGAGGUCACAGGUAAGAUAAGGGCAUCUCAGGUGUCAUGGCUUCCCUAUAUGCUUCAGGGGAGAGAUUAGGCACCCCUACUACUGUGGUUUGGUUAGGUUAGGUUAGGUUUUAAUCUAACCUAACCUAAAUACGGUGAUUGUGUUUUAGGAUAAUUGCCUCUGUAGGAAAAGUAGGAGUUGUUGUUGGAUGAAGUAUUAUCCUGUAUGGUGAAUCUAAUUAAUGAGCAAUAAUUAUGGUAGAAAUGUAAUCAAGAAAGUAUUUACUAAUUCCUCAGAAGACAAAUAUAAUCUUGCUUCUUAUAAA